AUUUAGCGACUUCGUUAAAUGGAGGUCUACAUCCUACUUACCACACAAUAGAUCAUUAUUCAAGUAAUGUUUAAUUUCGGAGGGGUGUUUUGUACCCCCGAACCCUCCACUGGCUUCACGUUUAUUGUGUGGGUAGCACCAAAAGGAAAUAAUGGUUUAAUUGUAACUUUAUCUACAUCAAAUGACAACAUAUUGGAAUGAAAAAGGGAGUCUAUAUGGAAGAAGACAUCGAUCGUUGUAAUGGAAAGGGUUCGUACUAAAGAGAGAGAUCAAUGGAUCGGCGCAUGUGCAGAAGACCCUCCUCUGGAAUGGAGAAGAAGAACAAGAAGAAGAAGUCACAGUCAUGGGAUGCAACGUAAGCAAAGAUGUAAAAGUGGAAGACAACAAUGGAGGCGAUCGAAUGUCAGAAGAGAAAGCGGCAGAGAAAAUCCAGGCUUCCUUCCGGGGAUACAAGACAAGAAAAUCACUCAAAAACAACGGUCUACUGCCAGCCGUGGAGAGUGGUGCAACAUUGAAAGAGGAGAAAGUCGCCUCUACAAUACAAAACUCUCACAAAAAUGUCAUUAAGAAGGAAGAGUCAAAUGAAAACACCACUGAUAAAAAAGUUCAGGAAGAAGAAGAAGUUGUGGACAUCGACCUGGGUGAUCCUGAUGUUGAGAAAGCAGCUCUUAAAAUCCAACACACGUUUAGGGGAUACAAAUCUCGCAACGUCCCUCAAGAAUAGAUUGGAGAAAAGAAGAAGAAAAAAAAGGUCUUUCAGAAAAUUUACAUUAAUUUUUGAACAAUUGGCGUUAACUAAGUGUCAGUCCCUGGUGGUUUAAAAAGAACGUUUAUAUUCCAUCCCAAUUUUUCGUUAUUCUUAGCCGGAUAAAGAAGAAUUCAAAUGGUGCAGAUGGAAAAUCCUUUCGGAGCUAAUUUAAAAGUUAUUACCAUGAUGUGAUAUUUAUCAAACUGUUGUUCUUUCUUUAUUACGUUAUACAUUUCGUUUUAAUGUGCAGUCAAACCCCGCUAUAGCGAACUCCCGGAUAGAGUGAAGAGAGGAAAUUGGAUAGUAUGAACUUCGGUCUUCGACUGAUUAUUCUUCUAAUUUUUUUGUUUUUGUUUUUUUUGUUGUAAUAAUUUUGAAAUUUCUACUUCAAAAUAAAUACAUAUACCGAUUUUUAAAACCAUUUAUAGCAUGGAAUGUAACAAUGAGCAUUUUUUCUUAUUUGCUUCAUUAUUGAAUUCGUUCAGCAUU